AUGGAGGCACCCACUUGUGCAACCGAGCCUUUGCAAAGUUGUUGGAGAAAUAUGGUGUUUGCCAUAAGGUUGCCACUCCGUAUCACCCACAAACAAGUGGGCAAGUGGAGGUGUCAAAUAGAGAAAUCAAGAACCGUAAAUGCUACUAGGACUGAUUGGGCGAGAAAAUUGGAUGAUGCACUAUGGGCCUACCGCACUGCAUUCCAAACUCCGAUAGGUAUUUCACCAUACAAAUUGGUGUUUGGAAAAGCGUGCCACUUACCGAUGGAGUUAGAGCAUAGAGCUUUUUGGGCGUCAAGGCAAUUAAAUCUUGACUUGGAGGCCACUGGAAUGAGUAGAGUCACAGAGCUGCAUGAACUUGAUGAGUUCCGUUACCAUGCUUUUGAGAGUACAAGGCUAUAUAAGCAGAGAAUAAAGAUGAUGCAUGACAAAAAUAUCUUUGAGCAAAAUUUUAAACCUGGAGAUGUGGUAUUGCUAUAUAAUUCGAGAUUGAAGUUGUUUCCGGGCAAGUUGAAGUCAAGAUGA